UAUUAUUUUUGUGAAAUGAUUAUCAAUAAAACCGGAAUAAAUUUUGCAGCUCCUCUUUUUUAUACCGUGUCCUUGUUUUAUAGCCAAUAUAUAGGGGUCGUACUUGCAAUAGCCGUAGCCCUUUUGGUCGGCGGCCUUCUAGUGGUGGCGUUUUUCACGGCAGCAGUUGAGCUGGUUAUCGAUGACCAAAUCACCCUGCGGCCCGGUUCUCAGACGUUCGAGAUGUGGCGUAAACCACCUGUGCGGCCUUUAUUAAAAGUGUACGUAUACAAUGUCACCAAUGCCGAUGAGUUUUUGAAUGUAGUCGCUCCAGGUGAAGUCCGUGAGAAGCCAAUCUUGGAUGAAUUGGGUCCGUUCGUCUACGUGGAAACAUGGGAAAAAGUCAACCUCACAUUCCACGACAAUGGCACUCUGACAUACAACCAGCAAAAGGUUUAUAGGUUCGACCCUGAGCAGAGCGUUGGUUCUGAAGACGAUGUAGUUGUGGUACCAAACAUUCCGAUGUUGUCAGCCACAUCGCAGAGCAAACACGCCGCUCGAUUUUUGAGGUUGGCCAUGGCUAGUAUUAUGGACAUUCUGAAGGUGAAACCGUUCGUCGAAGUGAGCGUCGGUCAACUGCUGUGGGGUUACGAGGAUCCGUUAUUGAAACUGGCCAAGGAUGUAGUGCCCAAGGAACAGAAGUUGCCGUACGAAGAGUUUGGUCUGAUGUAUGGGAAAAACGGAACUUCACGUGAUAAUAUGACCGUGUUCACUGGUGCCACGGAUAUCCGGCUUUUCGCCGCCCUGGACAAGUUCAACGGACGUACACAUUUGCCACAUUGGACCACCGAUUCAUGUAAUCGUAUGUCUGGCGGAAGCGAUGGUUCUCUUUUCCCUCCCAGGAUCCAACCUGAUACAGUUCUACAUGUCUUCGAUAAGGAUAUGUGUCGAAAACUACCUCUAGUAUUCAAGAAGCAAGUUGAAGGUAAGGGAGGAGUGAAAGCGUAUCGAUUCGGUCCUGACCACCGAGCGUUCGCUGAUCCGGACCACGAGCCUGAGAAUAAGUGCUAUUGCCCUUCACUGAACAGUCCCAGUGCUAAUAGUACUUCUAGUUCUAGCAGUUCUACCACAUCAAUGCCUAUGAUGUCAACAAAAACCAAUUUUCCACAGUGUGCACCUCACGGAACGUUCAACGUGAGCCUGUGUCAAUACGACUCUCCGGUGCUGCUGUCUUUCCCUCACUUUUACAUGGGUGACCCACGACUCAGAGAAGCCGUUCUUGGAAUGGACGAGCCAGACGCUGAUCGCCACGAGUUUUACAUAGAUGUGCAACCUGAAAUGGGAGUGGCCAUGCGUGCCAGAGCCCGUGUGCAAAUUAAUCUUGCUGUGAGUCAAGUAGUAGAUAUCAAACAAGUUGCCACCUUCCCAGACAUCGUGUUUCCGAUAAUAUGGUUCGAAGAGGGCAUCGACGAACUGCCCGACAACGUGAUCCAACUUCUCAAGCUGGCCACGCAGACACCGCCAGUGGCCAAAGCCGCACUGCAAUACGCGCUGUUCGCCUCAGGAGCCGUGUUGCUGCUAUUGGCCCUCGGGUGUCUGGUGCGCAACUCGCACCGUCAAGAGACCAUGUCCCUCGAAGGGACAGCGCACUACAGUCAGGACGAAAAGAAGAAGCCCAAGAAGACGAUCCCUCCAGCGCCCAUGAGCGCCACCGUGUUGUCCAACGGUAAUGGAACCGCCGCCAAGGCUAACGCCGGUUACGUGGCCGACGACGAAUAAGCUUAUAGUAAUAGUUCGAGGGACAACGGGACGGCGCUGUGCGGACUACCGCCAGACGAGAAAACCGAAAAUCCAUCGCUCAGGUGCCGCCCGUUCUGCCUUCGCUGGUUAGGUUAUAUAUAAUACGAGAUCUAUUGCGAUGUACAUAAAUUAAUAACGAGGGAUGUAAUAGAUGUGACUGGCGGUGACUCGAUGAGUUUGUCGUUAUUAUUAUUAAUUUUAUAUUAUUAUUAUUAUUAUUAUUUUAUAUAAUAUAAAUACUGAACUUUCUCUCUAUCUAUAUAUAUAUAUCAACCGACAAGUGUGUGACACGUUAAGUGGUGAAAACGAUCAUAACAUAAUCGCGCAUAUUAAAUGUUGUAUAAAAAUGCGACUUUCAUGGAUGUUUGAAAGUACCAACGAGUCAUUUCUUCUCCGCGUUGACAUAUUUCGGCUUCGACAAUGCUAAUAAUUGUUAUCUUUAUUAUUUUUAUUAUUAUGUAAUUAUCCGAACGUAUUUAUACGUGAAGUAUGUGACGUGUAUAAUACUGUCUUCUUGUACAUAGAACGACAAAAUGUAUUGUCUACAAAUUAAAGUUUUUAUUAUUAAUAUAAUAUAAUAUUAUGAUUAAUAUAUUAUUAUACAUACUUAUAUAUAUAUAUAUUACUUUUGUGGAAAAACUCUCAUAUUAUUAUUAUUAUUAUUUUUAUCAUUGGUUAUUAAUUAUUAUUAUUUUAUGUGUUUUUUUUUCGUUCGUUGACUCGUGUAUAUAGUUAAUAUCAUUAUAAUUAUUAAUCGGAGGAACUUAUUAUUUUAUUAGGUUUUAAAAUAUUAUAUAAUUUAUUAUCAUAAAAGUUGUGCAGUUUGUUUUCACCAUGAUCAAUUUAAGAAAUGCAAACAUGAUAUUUACACUUUCAUAAACAAAAUGUAGUAGGUUAUUAUACAAUAUAUUAUAUAAUAUAUAUAUUUAAUGAGCUAGGGUAUAGCAAAUAUGCGCUCUAAACGUAAACAUUAUGAUAUUAUGAUUUUAUUAUUGUUAAAAAAAUAUAAUAUAAAAAUUUUAUUAAUUAACCACUCUUGUGGUCGAGGUUUUCGGGUUUCAUUUCUCGUCGUUUGAAGUACAAUAUGAUUACAAUUAAUAUAACAUUAAUUUGUGUACCAAUAUAUUGUUCAAAGCUCAUUUUCCCGAGUAUGUCAUAUAUAUCGCUCAAUUACAUACAUAUAAACUUAUCUUGUAUAAAAACAAUAAUAAUAAUUAUUAGGUAUUAUUAUUCGUACCUUGUGUUUAUAAAAUAAGUUUUUGUUUUAUUAUUGUAAGAUUAUUUAAUAACUUUGUGUUUUGUGUAUAUUUUUACGGGGAGAUAUAAAAUUAUUGCAAAUUAAAAAUAUUAUAAAUGCCUAUAUAAUAUAAUAUACAUAAAAUCGGUAAAUCA